UAAACGAAACAUAACAGAAAGCCAUCAGGGUAUCCGACGCGAUAUAUGGUAUUUGACAGGAGUGUUUCCGAUCGAUUGUUUUCCUUGAAUUUGUAAUUUGCCAGCUAGGUGAAUGAUUUUACUAAAUUUAUGGAGAAAGUGUCGAGUUGGCGAUAAAGCUCAGUUCGUGAAGGCAGAGAUUUCUUCGGUGGUAAUUGUUGCCUGACAUGUUCUGAGGUGUGGUCAGAUUAAAAGGAGGACUUUCCCGAGCAAUUGAUUAUCAUUCUUGUUAAUUCGCUGGCUCACUAUCAGAAGGGAUAACAAAACUACAUCACUAUGAUGGACGAAAACUCUUCUUUCAACGAUACAAACUUGACAACAGAGGGCCCAGACAGACUCCAUGAUGGAUCAUUGUCUGACAGUUUGAUGAUCCUAAUAACAACGCUUUAUGCAAUAACUUUCGUCAUUGGAUUCAUUGGAAACUCCCUCGGACUCUACAUCAUCUGCAAGAAAUGCGGCAUCAAAGCAGCCACUCACUUACUAAUCGCCAACCUCGCUUGCUCCAAUUUGCUCAUUGUCUUCAUAGUAAUUCCUACGUCAGUAUCUUUCUUGUACAACGGGCACUAUUGGCUCUCGGGGAUUUCAGGCACUGUCACUUGCAAGAUCUCUCAAUAUUUAUUUGUAUUUCCCAUUGCUACUUCCAUUCUGACUAUACUGGUGGUAUCUAUAGAUCGGUUCUUCGCCGUCUGUCAUCCCAUGAGAGGACAGCUGUUUCGAAAGCCCAAAAAGAUGACAGCCACAAUUUGGAUUUGUGCGGCCAUAGUUACUAGCCCAAUAAUAGUAAUAUUCAAAGUGACCCCUUUCCCCUCUCCAGAAAUAAAAUGGUCGUGUAGUCAAUAUUUUGGACAAGAUCCGCAGCUGGCAGAUACUCUCUCUAAAGUAUACUAUGCUUCGCUAUUUGCUUUACUUUACUUGCUGCCACUUCUUAUCAUAACUGUUCUUUACACGAUCAUUGGCUACAAACUGUACAAUCGGAGCAUUCCUGGAAUGUCCCGUUCGCCAACUUUUAGAGACAGAGUGGAAAGAUCAAAGCGCAAGGUUGCCAAGGUGAUGGUAAUGAUCGUCACUGCUUUUGCAAUUUGCUGGUUUCCAGCCCACGCCGUUCACUACUACGUCACUUUCCAAAAAGAAGCCGUUUCGAGAAUACCACCUUAUGCGAUUUCUUUACUUCUAUGGAUUUCGCACUCAAACAGCGCAAUAGACCCAUUCUUGUACAUAUUACUCAGCCAUAACUUUCAAAGGGAGUUCCGCAAAAUUAUUAAUCAGUGCAAUUUUCGCUUUGAAAGGCGUUUAUCAAGGAUUUCAUUCACCCUCUCCAGAAGAAACGUCCAUGCAAAUCGCACUGGGUCGAUUGCGUGGUCAUUUAGGAGAUCUAACUCACACAAGGUUGAUAGGUACACUAUUCGCGAAAAUCCAAUCGGUGAAGGGCGAGAUUUGAACAUGCGCAACGGAUUGCUGAACGAACAUCACCCACUUCAGCAAAACGUACAAGACCAUGCGCUGUAAUAGUUAAGUCAUCACGGUGUAAUUGCUCCAGCACAAGGCCUGCCUCACCCUUGCGACGGUGUUGUAAUGUAACGUACUUAAUUGCCCUCUAACUGGAUGAUAUAAUUGUCACUGGCGGUGAGAUGUUCUACGCACUAUUAAACCUUACUGAUGUCUUUUAAAAAAAAUUAAUAAUAAAAUUUUAAAUAAGUCUAUCCCAUUAGGAGAGUUAGACAAAUAAAGAAACGGCUGAGUACCAUUGGA